AUGCCGCGGCCGAAGGCGACGAUGCCGUCGCCGAAGGGGGCAGUCGAGCGUUACGCCGGGCUGGGAUCGGCGCUGACGAGCCUCGGGUCGGCGCUGGCGGGCCUGAUGUUCGUGUGGAGCAUGGUCCGCCCCUUCCUCCCGCGCACCGUCUUCAAGUACUACCUCGGCCACCUCAUGCGGCGGCACGCGCGCUGGCUCGUGGCGCUCCUCGACCCCUGGCUCACCAUCACCAUCACCGACCACGACGGCGGCGGCCGCCUGGGCAUCGGGGCCGUCUACGACCGGGCCAAGGCCUACCUCAGCGCCCAGUGCGCCACCCGGGCGAGGUCGCUCCGGGCCGAGCUCGCCGCGCGCGGCACCGAGCGCUUCCUCCUCAGCAUGGACCACAACGAGGAGAUCGCCGACGAGUUCCAAGGCGCCACCGUCUGGUGGCACUCCGUGUCCCUCGGAGGGGCCGUCCCCCGCCGCACCUACCGGCUCGUCUUCCACGAGCGCCACCGCGACCUCAUCGUCGAGUCCUACCUCCCCCACGUCUCCCGCGAGGGCCGCGCCAUCAUGGCCAGCACGCGCCGCCAGAAGCUCUUCACCAACACCUUCGACCGGCACAACUGCUCCUGGAGCUACGUGGUGUUCGAGCACCCCUCCACCUUCGACACGCUGGCCAUGGACCCUGCCAAGAAGCGCGCCAUCAUGGACGACCUCGACGCGUUCCGGAACGGCAGGGACUACUACGCGCGCAUCGGCAAGGCCUGGAAGCGCGGCUACCUCCUCUACGGCCCGCCGGGCACCGGCAAGUCCACCAUGAUCGCCGCCAUGGCCAACUACCUCGACUACGACGUCUACAACAUCGAGCUCACCUCCGUCACCACCAACGCCGAGCUCCAGCGCCUCUUCGUCGAGACCAAGGGCAAGUCCAUCAUCGUCGUCGAGGACAUCGACUGCGCCGCCGACCUCACCGGCAAGCGCGACAGGAAGAAGCCGCCGCCGCCGGGCCCCGACGACUACGAGGAGGCCAGGAAGGUCACGCUCUCCGGCCUGCUCAACGCCAUCGACGGGCUCUGGUCGGCGUGCGGGGGAGAGCGCAUCAUCAUCUUCACCACCAACCACGUCGAGAAGCUGGAUCCGGCGCUCAUCCGCCGCGGCCGCAUGGACAAGCACAUCGAGAUGUCCUACUGCUGCUUCGAGGCCUUCAGGUUCCUCGCCAGGAACUACCACGGCAUCGACGCCCAUCCUCUGUUCGACGGCAUCGAGGCGCUGCUGCACGAGGCCGAGAUCACCCCCGCCGACGUCGCCGAGCACCUGAUGCCCAAGUGCGCCUCCGACGACGCCGACUCCUGCCUCGCCAGUCUUGUCAAGGCGCUGGCCGACAAGGCCAAGGAGAAUGCCACGACGGCCGUGAUCAACUCCAUGGACGUGCUCCUCAAGGACGACGAGACUGUGCUGGACAAGUAG